UCUUGGAACUGGAGACAUGCUCUGGCGUGUUGGUUUACAAUUGGCUGCCAUUAUCUCCUUAAUCAUCCAAUAUUAACUGCACCCCAGUGCUAUCCACUGGGCAGUCUGUUCACUUCUUCAAGACUGCAACCAGCUGUCUGUCAGCAUUCCUUCUCAGGGUUGUUGUCCAUUAUGUGUCAUCUACAGCUGAGGACUUUGGUAUUUGUAGCGUGGGUGGUUGGUUACGUCGCCUUUCUGCUCUCCAUCAGGAGAAUGUGGACGGGGAAGUACGCCCGGAAUCCACUAGUCCGCUCAUUGUUUAUGAACAUGGUGACCGAGAACGAAGCGGCCGCGUAUGAGACACAAGAGUGGUACCAGUGUGGUCCUGACCUGCUUGGGGAAUCAGUGCGACCCCUGUUUGUCCAAAGCCACCUGGACUCAGCCACCAAGGCUUUUCUCAAGCGGAGCGUUGAGAAGUCGGGCUGGAUGUUCACCCAGCUCUAUCACUCUUUUGUAUCAACAGUCCUCAGCCCACUGGUCUCGCGCACAUCUAUCAAUGGGUUCCUGGGUCGUGGGUCUAUGUUUGUGUUUUCUGCGGAGCAGUUCCAGCGGCUACUCCGGAUCGGCCCGGAGUGGAAGGCUGAGAGGCUCCUGGACCUCGGAGCUGGGGACGGAGGUGUCACAGACGUGAUGGGAGUCCACUUCAAAGAGGUCUAUGCAACUGAGGUCUCAAUACCCAUGAAAUGGCAUCUUCAGAGGAGGAAUUACAAAGUACUGGGUAUAGAUGAGUGGCAGCAGACUGGUUUCCAGUAUGAUGUGAUCAGCUGUCUGAACCUGCUGGAUCGCUGUGACGACCCUCUGCUUCUCCUGCGAGACAUCCGGCUAUCGCUAGUGCCCAACACAGGAAGACUAAUCCUGGCUGCAGUGCUUCCCUUCCAGCCUUACGUGGAAGUCGGGGGAAGAUGGCAGCGUCCCAAAGAACAUAUAAAAAUAAAAGGAAAAACAUGGGAGGAGCAAGUAACCAACCUGACCAAUGAGGUUUUCCGAAGGGCAGGGUUUGAGUUGGAGGCUGUGACCCGGUUGCCAUACCUCUGUGAAGGGGACAUGUAUAACGAUUACUACGUUCUUGAUGAUGCAGUUUUUGUUCUUAAGAUCUCAGAGAAUGGGUCAGAGUCUGCUUGAAUACCAAACACACUGUGGGAUUGUCAGAGGCUGUUACUCUGUUAAUCUCAUAUCUCAGUAGGUUGCUCCUGGAUGGAUUUUUGUGCAACUUCCAUAAGCUCCAUUCAUAAAACACAGUGUUACUGACAGUGUUUCUUUAGAAAAUGGUGAGUCAGCUCAGGUACUGUACUGUAGUUCCUACAUUUACCAGCCAUCUUGUGUGACAGUGAUACCUCGACUCGUAAAGCAAAAAAUACCUGAAGGGCAGUUUGCCUACGUUGAAAUACCACUGAGGAUCACAUCCUCUAAGACAUAUCACUAUGCUGUAGGUGUUCGUACUGUAAAGUCUGUUAUCUGUGGGAAGUGUUUACUGUUAGUGUUUCAUCAUUCUCAGUUAUCAGUGGUAGUAAUCAUGGUUGAAUUUGCACUUUAAUUAAUUCAGUUUCUGAUGCAAAGGAUCAGUGGAUGCACAUGAUUGAUUCAGCCAUUCUGAAUUGGGCCUUUUAUAUUUUAUUGCUGUUUUUUUACCUGCUAUUAGUGAAAACAAAAGUAAUAUGAAGUCUUCUUAAAGCGAGCCGAUGUAACUUAGGUUAAACAGCAGAUAUUGAGUGGUUCUUACUGAAUCAUUUAAAGCUGCAUUCAUUGAUUUUGAAAAUACAACACUGAUGUAUUCUCAUCUUGGCAAACAAUUGUGUACAUGUCUUGUACACAUACAGGAGGAACAUUAGCACUCAUUGGAAUUGUGUUUCUAGCCACUUGGUCUCCACCAGUGACUGUAUAAAGAUGGACGAUAUGUCGCCACUUCCUCACACUACAAAAAUUAACAUAAAAUAUCAUGGAUACUGGCACAAUAUCUUGCACUGGUGACAUCAUUUGGAGCCAGAGUCUGCGCAGUAGUGGUCAGGAAGUGGAGCCAAGAUUUUUGAGUUCCUGUCCGUACACCGUCCGACCCAGUUGCAAGCAGUGCCAUAGAAUGCAAGUGCACUAAUUGGCACACAAAGCUAUCAAUCAUGAUGUCAUACCCCUUUUUGUCGCAUCAAAAUACAAAUUAAAACCAAACUUAACAGAAAGAUGAACGCUUGAAUGUACAUCAGCGUUAAAAAAAACUACAUAAAAUGACAGAACACACUAUUAAACAAUUACAAAUUAAAAAGACUUGCUGUUUUGGCUUCAAUUUUGGGAACUGUCUUGUCAUCCAUGUUUUUAUACAGUCUAUGGUCCAUGGACAUCUAAAGAGAACUGGAAACAGCGUUGGAGGUGGGGCCUCAUUAAGUUUUAUGAAAGUUGCUCGGUGGAAUAUGAAGCCAAAACAAAAGCUCGAUUUGCACAGUAUAAGAAUUACCUGGAUCUUACUCAUCUUGGGGGCCCAUAAUGGAACAGCAUGAGAGCCUGACGGCAGCCAAGAGGCUAAUUUUCACCGACCAUGCAGCUAACUUCCAGUUUAGCUCUCCACUUACUUGAAUGAGGGUGGAAAUGAUUUAAUCCUGCAGCUCUUUCUGACUCUCAAAAUGUUAUCGGACCGAAUUGAUUGAAUCCUGAUAGUGAAAUGAGCCAUUUUGCUGGGGUUGUGAUGCCCCAAAAAUGUUUCCACUGAUUAACAGACGUCUCUUUUACAAUGCAAGUCUAUAGGAAAGUCUUUUUGGCAUAAUGGCAUCAUGUGACACACCCAGAAGUUGUAAUUACAUGUUUGACCAUUAGAUAAAUUUGGCUUAAAUGCCUGGCAGUUUCCCUGGCGGGCCGGAAAAGUUAAAACAAUGACCCAAAACAGACUUUGAGGCUCCGUAGAGCUGAUGGGGACUGAAGUUGGGUGGUAAUUCCCUGUGACUUUGUCACUAUGAGCGACCCUUUUCACAUUCCUUGUAGUCAUAUGGCCCAUUGUAAAUAUAAAAAAUACUGACUCGUACAGCUUUAAGGCUCAAACAUAGUGUAACUGUAGCACAAGUAGUAAAAGCCAUAAAGCUGCCUGUGUCAGUUACACACAUUGUGUUUUAUUGUUUAUGAACUCAGCUCUUUAUUUGUAAGAGAAAGAUAUAAUUUAACCUUUCAAAAGUUACAUGGUCUCGCUUUAAAUCAGUGCUGCACAAUGGACAAUUAAAAAUGUGCCACAAUUAAUGCAAUAUUUGUACUGAAAGAGUGUUGUAUGGCAUUCAGAAAUAAAAAACAAAUACAUUA